UUUUGUGCAAUGUGAUCCUGGCCUGCACAUCCUACAGUCUGUGCUUCUCCUCUCAGUGGAAGCUCGCGGAAUACUUUCCUCCGGCCUGAGAGCAGUUUUCCACAGCGGGCUGUGUGCGAUACCGGUGCGCAGGACACGAGCAAAACCAACAAAAUGACUUAUUUUAAUAAGGGACCAGCUUACGGAUUAUCCGCCGAAGUCAGAAGCAAAAUUGCUCAGAAAUAUGACCCACAAAAGGAGGAGGAGCUCCGCUUCUGGAUUGAGGAGGUAACAGGGAUGUCUAUUGGAGAGAACUUUCAGAAAGGCUUAAAGGACGGUGUCAUCCUCUGCGAGCUGAUCAAUAAGCUGCAGCCUGGUUCAGUAAAGAAAAUCAACCUGUCACAGCUCAACUGGCACAAGCUGGAAAACCUUGGGAAUUUCAUCAAAGCUAUCCUGGCCUAUGGCCUAAAGCCCAAUGACAUCUUUGAGGCCAAUGACCUGUUUGAAAAUGGGAACAUGACUCAAGUCCAGACCACACUGCUCGCUCUGGCCAGCAUGGCAAAGACCAAAGGUAUGGACACAAAGAUCGAUAUAGGGGUGAAAUAUGCAGACAAACAGGCUCGACAUUUUGAUGAUGAGAAGAUCAAGGCUGGUCAAUGUGUCAUUGGACUGCAGAUGGGGACAAACAAGUGUGCGAGUCAGGCUGGAAUGACUGCUUAUGGGACCAGAAGACAUCUGUAUGAUCCAAAGACCCAGACUGACAAACCCUAUGACCAGACCACCAUCAGCCUGCAGAUGGGAACCAACAAAGGAGCCAGCCAGGCGGGCAUGUCGGCCCCUGGUACCCGCAGAGACAUCUAUGACCAGAAGGUGGUGCAGCCACCGCUGGACAGCUCCACCAUCUCCCUCCAGAUGGGCACCAAUAAGGUGGCAUCUCAGCGGGGUAUGAGCGUGUACGGUCUGGGUCGACAGGUCUACGACCCCAAGUACUGUGCCCCCCCAACAGAGCCGGUUAUCCACGCCAAUGGCAGCCAGGGGACCGGCACCAAUGGCUCCGAGAUCAGUGACAGUGACUAUCAGGCCGAGUUCCAGGAGGACGAGUACCACGGAGGUUACCAUGACGACUACAGCUCCCAUUACAAUGAUCAGAGCAUUGACUAUUAGUGGGGAGCUCCACCUCCAGAUCAGUAUUAACUAGUAUAUUUUAUCAACUACACAACAGAGCAAGUCUUUUGCUAUCCUCACUAGUCUUUUUCUUCUUUUGGAGUAUACGGUGCAGUGUUGUGUUGAGUGCUUCCCCUCUUCACCUAGACUUUCUGAUCUGAGCAGCAAAUGUUGUAACAAGCUGUAGUGGAAUAGAUUAAUGAUAUACACAGAUACAUGAAAAUGUUUUAAGCCUAAGAAUAUUCUUUUUAAUACCCACUUUUUAAAAGAUAUCUGAGUGAAGGGCACUGAAGAAGUGAUACCUUAGUGUAGCAUCAGGUGAAACUGCAGCAUUCCAUGUUUGCAUUCCUGGACUGAAACUGGCCUGAUAAUCCAUGUGAAAGGAAUUCAACAAUAGGCUGAUUAAUGUGCCUUAUCUUCCUCUGUGUUCUGUCUGUAUGACCCUGCCGCAGUCUUUCAUACUGUCAGUCCUUUUGUUUUGUUUUUUUACUACAUUUUAUCACUAGAUAGUUUUUUUUUUUUUAAUGAUGAGCAUGGUGGCUGUUCAGAUAUUGCAGAUGACCAAAACCAUGCUGACUCUAUUUUACAGACACACUUCGUUGUUCCAUUACAUGACCUAUAUUUUCAUAGUAUUUCCCAUUUAUCCCCAGGCUGUAUUUAUUGCAAUAUCUCUCAUUGUAAAACAUUCCACUGUUAUAUGGUUUGUAAGGAAAAUGAUAUGUUAUAAAUAAAUUCUUAAAUUCUUCA